AUGUUAUGUGCUAAUCAUGUGGUGGUAGUGGUGGUGGUGAUGGAGGUGGUGGUGAAAGAAAUGGAGGUGAAGGUGGUGGUGGUGAUGUUGGUGGUGGUUGUGGUAGUGGUGGUGGUGGGGAUGGUGGUGGUGGGGAUGGUGGUUGUGGAGGUGGAGGAGGAGGUCGUGCUGGUGGAGGUUGAAGAGGAGGGUGGUAGCAGCAGUGGUGGUGGUGAAAGAAAUGGAGGUGAAGGUGAUGGUGGUGAUGUUGGUGGUGGUUGUGGUAGUGGUGGUGGUGGGGAUGGUGGUUGUGGUGGUGGCGGUGGCGGAGGAGGAUGUGGUGGUGGUGGAGGCGAUGGCGGCGGUGGUGGUGGUGGUGGAAGUGGAUGUGGAGUAGAGGUGGUGGAGUUAGAUGUGGAGGAGAGCGUGAAAGAAAUGGCACCGUUGAAAGCUUUAGAGGCAGAGUACCCAAUACUCGACCCCAAUUUCCAGGCCUUUUGCGUCUCUCACGGUAUUUUCUCAGUGGAAGAUUUCCUCAUUCAUGACCUCUAUGAAUUAGCUGCAUUUGCAGAACAACAGCCUACAUCUGAGAAACUAAAGCAGGGCAUUACUCAGAUCCUCUCUAUUAUUGAUACUCAGCAUCAACCAUGGUUGAAUGGUAUGGAGCUUUUAGAUGAUGCUCUACAUAACAAGCAUGUACUGUCAACUGGGUGUGAAGGAAUUGAUUUGUUACUUGGAGGAGGAUUACGUGAGGGACAAUUAACUGAACUUGUUGGGCCAUCUUCUUGUGGUAAAACACAAGUUUGCCUACUUGCUGCCUCAAAUGUUGCAACGAAGCACAUGGGUAAUGUUGUAUAUCUGGACACAGGCAAUUCUUUCUCACCCCAACGAAUUGCCCAGUUUGUUGGUCAUAUCGCUGGCCGUGCCUUUGAUGAGGCUGGAAAAAGAAUUUUUCAGAGGAUAAUGAACGGCAUUGUAUGCCAUUCUGUGUUUGACAUCUUUACAAUGUUCAAUGUGUUACAUCGGCUAGUGAUCAAUUUUCCAUCUCAGCUGCAGAAAGGAGGGCAGGUCCGGUUGCUUAUUGUUGAUUCGAUCUCUUCACUAAUUACCCCGAUUCUUGGGAACAGUGGUUCACAGGGACGCGCCUUGAUGAUAUCUGCUGGGUAUAUGUUAAAGAAAUUAGCACAUGAGCAUAAUGUUGCUGUACUGGUGACCAAUCACACAGUGGGUGGGGAAAGAGGUAUUCCAAAACCCGCUCUUGGACAGACCUGGAAGAGUAUCCCACAUGUGAGGCUUCUACUUUCCGGUGAUCAUGGAAACAAUGUCCGGAGUAUUUCAGUGCUAAGACACCCAUCUAUGAUUAGCUUAAGAAUGCUCCUGUCAAGGGGCUUCUGGCAAGGCUGCGAAGUUUUCGAUUUAGAAGGAACAGCAUGGUUGCUUCAAUUUGUACUUGCCACUCUACACGAAAAGUUGUACUUGUGUCCUACUCCUACACGAAGGAAAACCGAUUUUUUAGUGUAUAGUUUGACAUUCCGUAGCCGUUGUCGUUGCCGCCACCAUCAUCGUCACACUACUGACUACUUGGCUCUCACUACUGCGGCCUUCAUUGACAUUGUUGUUGCUACUACCACCCCAUCACCCCUAGAACCACCACUCUACUUCAUCACUGCCGCAACCGUAACUAUCAUGCAACCACCACUACUCAUACCACUGCCGCCACCAACCAAGCCACUUUCACCUCCGGCAUUGCAUCCAAGCCAUCAUAAAAGACAUUCAUGCCACACCCUCUGGUGUGUUUGGUCACAGGAAGAUGUGUACAACAAUGUAAGAUUGGAAAAUAUGUGA